UCGACAGUGCACUGCAUAACGUCCAUUUACAGAUGCUUUGAAGCAAAACUUGGGGCAGUGGAACCGUGGCGGCGUGUAAUGGCACAGAACUGUUUCACUACAUCAAUUUCUCAAGAAGUUCACAGAAUGCUAUGCAGAAUUCUUGAAAGAAGAAUUUGAUGUCAAGACCUACACAGCUCAAUCAAUUCAUCAAGCAGUGAUAGUUGAACAGUUGGCAAAACUUGCUCAAGGAAUCAGUCAACUCGAUAAAGAGCUUCAUGUGCAGGUUGUUGCAAGACAUGAAAACCUGCUGGCUCAGGCCACUGGAAUAGAGUCACUGGAAGGAGUUCUUCAGAUGAUGCAGACCCGGAUUUCUGCUCUUCAGUGCACCAUUGACAGGAUCCGAGGAAAAAUUAUUGAUCCAUAUAACAAGAUUGUUGCUCGGACUGCACAGUUGGCCAGAUUACAGGCAGCUUGUGAUUUGCUUCGAAGAAUAAUCCGCAUUUUGUACCUCACUAAGCGGUUGCAAGGGCAGCUGCAGGGAGGAAGCAGGGAGAUAACUAAAGCUGCACAAAGUCUCAACGAAUUGGAUUAUCUUUCACAAGGAGUUGAUCUCUCUGGGAUUGAAGUUAUAGAAAAUGAUCUCCUUUUUAUUGCAAGAGCCCGACUUGAGAUCGAGAAUCAAGCCAAACGGUUACUUGAACAGGGAAUGGAGACGCAGAAUCCUACACAGGUAGGAACUGCACUUCAAGUUUUCUACAACCUUGGAACCUUGAAAGAGACCAUCAGUAAUGUAGUAGAUGGGUAUAAGGUGUCUCUUGAAGAUAAUAUCUCCAGCGCUUUGGAUAUAAAAGUGUUAACUCAGCCAGUUCAGACCACCUUGAGAGCAGGACCUGGGCGAGCCACAAUGCCUGCCCUGGGCAACACACCAGCUUUCCGCGCUGCCCUUUGGACAAAUAUGGAGAAACUUAUGGAUCAAAUUUGCGCUGCAUGUGGACAAGUACAGCACUUACAGAAGGUCUUGACAAAGAAAAGGGAUCCUGUGACACAUGUCUGUUUUAUUGACGAAAUAGCCAAGGAUAGUCACACAGACAUUUUGUAUGUUUUCUGGAACUCUGUUACUGCAAUGCUGGCUCUGAAAUUUCAGCAAGCAACAAACUCAUCCUCAUUUCUGAAGCAAGCAUUCGAAGGGGAAUAUCCAAAGUUGUUGCGGUUGUAUAAUGAUCUGUGGAAACGUUUGCAGCAAUACAGCCAUAGUAUACAGAGUAGUGUAACUACUGGUGGAUUUACUGACACGCCUCCUGAAUUUCCAAUAGAAGAGGAAGACGCACAGGAUCUAUUUAUGUUGAAGAAACAGGAUUACGACCCUGAAAAAGCGUUGAAAGAUUCUCUGCAAUUCUAUGAAUCUGCUUACCUCUCAAAAUCAUUAUCACGUCUAUUUGACCCAAUCAACCUUGUCUUUCCUCCUGGGGGCCGUAAUCCACCUUCAAAUGAUGAACUUGAUAGCAUCAUUAAAACAAUUACAAGUGAAUUUAAUGUGGCCUCUGUGGAUCCAAACCUGAGUCUGGCUGUUGCAAAGAAUGUUGCUAAAACUAUUCAUUUAUUUGGAGUUAAAUCUGAACAACUUCUAUCUACUCAGGGAGAUGCAAGUCAAGUGAUUGGGCCUUUAACAGAAGGACAGAGAAGAAAUGUGGCAGUAGUGAAUUCAUUAUACAAAUUGCAUCAGUCAGUGCUGAAGGUGCUGUCUACCCUGAGCUCUUUCCCUUUAAGGGCUGAACAAACGGUUAGAACAGCAUUGGAGACAGUUCAAGCUCUCAUGGGAAGUGCGGUACAGCCAUUGCUAAACUCUGUGGAAGAUUCGAUUGAAGCCAUUAUUAUCACUAUGCACCAAGAAGAUUUUGCAGGGUCUUUGUCUGGAAAGCCAGAAGUACCGUGCUCUCUUUACAUGAAAGAAUUGCAAGGUUUCAUAUCACGCAUCAUGAGUGACUACUUCAAAAAUUUUGAAUGUGUGGACUUCAUCUACGACAGUACAGAAAAUAUUGCGCAGAGAGCUAUUCAACUAUUUAUUCGUAAUGCAAGUCUACUGAGACCACUGGGUGAAGGAGGUAAAAUGAGAUUGGCUGCUGACUUUGCACAGAUGGAAUUAGCUGUGGCACCACUUUGCAGAAGAGUGUCAGAUCUAGGAAAAUCCUACCGAUUAUUAAGGUCGUUCAGACCAUUACUCUUCCAAACAAGUGAACAUAUUGCUAAUAGCCCAGCUGCUGGGGAUAUUAUUCCAUACAGCACCAUUCUUCAUUUCCUAUUUACAAGAGCACCAACCGACCUAAAGUCUCCUCACCAGAGAGCGGAGUGGUCCAUAGCACGGUAUUCUCAGUGGCUUGACGACCAUCCAUCGGAAAAGGAUCGACUAAUUCUCAUCAGGGGUUCUCUUGAAGCUUAUGUCCAAUCAGUACGUGCAAGAGAAGGAAAAGAAUUUGCUUCAGUAUAUCCAGUAAUGCUGCAAUUGCUCCAAAAAGCCAUGGCUGCUGGACAGUAGAUGUUUUCUUCCAAAUCAAGGGCAUGAUUUCUCACAUUCUUAAAGUAUAACAUAUUAAGUUAAGAUAAUUGAUUAUGUUGAUUUAAUUGAGAACCUCCUAAUACCUUAAAAUUUAAUUAGACAAUAGUAUUUACUUUUACUUUUGCUUCAGUAAUAUUGGUUAAGGAUAUCUUCUGCAGGUGCCUGAAGAAACUACUACUCUUUGCACCAUGCAUCGACUAUCAGCAAUGUAAGGAUUGAUGUGCUAAAUUCAAGAUUACCAUGAACUAAAUAUGGUAGGAAUCCAAUUAUUAACAGUAGUUAGUUGAACUUGACUGAGUAGCUUCUCUGCGGAAUUCCACUUUCUGAACUGAAGCAGUAAAGUCACAUUUCAUUAUAAAGAAUAUAAUACAUGUAGGUGAUGGAAUAGAAAAAUUUAAACUAUUUUAAUCGAUGGAUUUUCAUUUUAGUAUUGCUUUUCACUUAGUAUGGCUGUAUGGUAACACAAAUUUCAUUGUACAAUAUGACAAUAAACACAAACUUGAACUAUAA